CACCACCAAUGCCAUGGCCACUGUUACCCAUACCUUACGCUCUGAAUACGAUCCCUCAAAGGAUCGCGAACGUCUGGAACGAGAUACUGGUCAGCUCGACGAAGAGGAGAGGUCAGAAGAAUGGACGAAGGAGGCUUUGAAGACCUUCAAAAAGCGUCUUAAGCCACCACCACUCUUCGUGCCAGCUACACGGCCCUUGGACGCCUGGGAUGUGGAGAGCGCACAUGCAUCAACAUCCAAAGUAAAGUUGGACGAUGUCCCUGCCGCUGAGAAGGUCGACAGCUUGUACAAGUUCCUUCCAAGGACCAAGGCCGAGUCAGAACCACCGUCCACGAAGCAAACCGCACGACCGUCACCACCCUCUGUUCCAACUCCACCUCCUGCAGCUCCCCAAAGGCCAAUAGAAAGGACGACCAAAAACAAUUGGUUCAUCAUGAAGGCCAUUCAGUCCGAUUCUGCAUCCAAAUCUGCCCCUGUCACUCCUGCUCCCACUCUGGCGGACAUCUUAUCUCGGGAACCACCACCUCUUCCUUCAGAAGCGAGGGUCAAACCACCAGUGUGGACAGUCCUGGGCCCUGCUAACAAGGGCUUCUCCAUGCUUCAGCGGAGUGGUUGGAACGAAGGGGAAACAUUGGGACCAUACGCUGUUCGCCGGAAGGUUGAGGAGCCUCCGCUCCCCGACUUCCUCGAGGAAAAGGAACAAUCUUCUCGGAGCAAAGGCAAGAGACCAGCGACUUCGACGACAUCUUCCAGCACCACGCAAACGGUGGAGAUAAAGCUGGAGGACGGCAUCACAGAGGUUAAGCAGGUCGAUAUCGUCGACUUGACCCUGACCUCUGACUCGGAAUCGGAUGACGAGCAGAUGGGUGAGAACACGCCUCCAGCUCCACACGGCAACUUUAUCAAGGAAGAAGAGGCGGAAGAAAAUGCGACUGUCAUGGACGAUGACGACGAUGUCUCUGGGCAUGGGGGUCGUGCCCUCCUUGCACCAAUAUCGACUGUGCUGAAGGCCGAUCGUAUGGGAAUAGGGUUGAAGCCAAAGACUGUCGCUGGGCCGAAAGGAGCUUACAGGAUACCUCAGAAGCGGCACAUAUCCGCGCUUCAGAGGAGCUAA